GCCUUUUAUAUUGUAUGAUUAACAAUGCAAAUGUAAAAUCGAUCAUUGCCGACAAAGUAACACAGAUUCAAAAGUCUUAUUUCGGAUUAAUAUUAAUCAUAUGUUAAUUUGUUUAUUAUAUUCCAGUUGGUAGCUUGUCAAAUAUGGAAUUAGAUAUUGAUGAAAUGCCCGAUAACUCUCAUCAUAAAAAGUAUUCUAGUGAAUUAGCUACUCAAGAUAAAAUGAUUAUUAGAAUCAAAAAGCAAGAACCAGAUGUUGACAUUGAAGGUAAAGAUUCAUCCACAGAGCAUGAUGAAGUUGUGUCGUACACUUGCGAAUUUGUUCAAAAAGUUGAUGAAACUGAAUCAGAGUUGAUCGACAUAUGUGAUGAACCAAUUGAAUCUAUUCGUCAAGAUGAAAAUUAUAUAUAUCCAGCUAUAACUAACUCUGAUGAUGAAGAUACCAAGGAUGUGACGUGGCAACCACCAUCUAAUAUUUUAACUCCUGGGGAACGCUUAACACGCAAACAUAUUAAGUGCUUGUAUCCAAAAGUUGAAAAACAUGUAUCAAAGAAAAAUAAAUGUAAAAAUAAUAAGAAUAACGAAGUAUCAAUUAAACGUUUGAAAAAGGGUCGUUUACCAAAAUGUAAACAAGUUUUAGAAGACAUAGAUGUUUCAAAGCCAGCUACUGAUUUAACAGACGAAACAACUGUUAGUGAAUCAAUAACAAAAAAAAACUGUGAUUCACUGCCUCCUAAAGUUGGAAGACCAAGAAAAGGUAUGGCUACACCAAAACAACGCCUUGCACGUAUUAUAAAAAUACACAAAAUGAUAAAAUAACUACUCAGUAAAAUCAGAAUAGAAUGCAUUUUCAUAUUUAAGUGCCAAAUAGUUUAUAUUUUUAAUAACCGGUAGUAACUUAUAAUGUUCCAAUAAAGCAAUUGUAUAUAGAAGUGUAAAUUAAAUUACAACUACUUAAAAGUAUUCUUACUUUUGCUGUCAUUUUGUAUAAAUCAAAAAUUGUUAUUAAAAUGUAUAUUUUACUCUACACUUUAUAUCCAAAAUAAAAAUUAUAUUAAAUGUUUUUUGUUGAAAUGUUCUUUAAUCAGUAUUCCAUUUCAUAAAGAUAACUUUUUAUGUAAGGCAAUAUUUAUUUAUUUUAUUACUUCAUUUUAUAUAAUAAAUAAAUUCAACAAUAAUGUUUUUCACUAAAUUUGCUUGUUGUAAAUGUUAGAGACUAAAAAUAACAGACUCUGUAUUUUGUUAGGUUUUUAGAUAUUACAUGUAAGAAUUUAAAAAAAUAAGUAGUCCAUUUAUGAAUUAAAUUAUUGUAGCUUACUUAUCUUUUAUAAUUAAAUAAAUCCUACAAAUUAUUAUAAUAAAAGAUAUUUUGAGUAAUAACACAAAUGAAAUAGUCAAUUUUCUUUGUAAUAUUGUUAUGCUCACUACUAAAUUUUCAAAUUAAUUUUAUUGUGUUUACUAAUUGAUAAAUAAUAGUUCUAAAUAUUUUAGCGUAUUUAUUAUAUGUUUAAAAUAUUUUAAAAUAAAUACUAUUUUGAACAACAUUUAUUUUAAGUAAAAACGAACUACAAAGAAUUGUUGUAUUUAUAGAAUUAUAAAAUAGAAAUUGUCUUAAAGUUACACUAUUUAGUUAAAAUUUGUAAAAAUAUUAAUUUUAUUGAAUACCUACAUUUAUAUUUUUAUUAUUAUUGUAUUCAUUUUAGAAUUUAAUCCUAUUUUUGUAAUUUGUACUUUAUUUACACAUUCAUUUUUUGUUUUCAUAUUUAGAUAAAUACAAAGU